CUGUCAUAGAGAGUGGGAGGUUCCAACUUAUUAUUACUAAUGGAUAUGUUACUGUGUUAUCAUUAGUACAAUAGAUCCGUGAAAGUCUCUUUAAAUUUAAAAGUGUACAGUGCAAUAAAAAACAAAAAAUGUUCAGUUGGUUAUCGAAGGAUAGCAGUAAACAAGAACUUUACCAAAAUGUUGUGGAGGGACUCAAGACAAUUUAUAGAAACAAACUUCUACCUUUGGAAGAACAUUAUCAGUUUCACGACUUUCACUCCCCAAAAUUGGAGGAUUCUGAUUUUGAUGCGAAACCCAUGAUUUUGCUGGUAGGGCAGUAUUCCACAGGAAAAACGACAUUCAUCAAAUAUUUGUUGGAAAGGGAGUUUCCAGGAAUUAGAAUUGGCCCAGAACCUACCACUGAUAGAUUCAUAGCUGUGAUGUGCGAUGAUAAGGAAGGUAUGAUACCUGGCAAUGCUCUUGUGGUUGACCCUAAGAGGCAAUUUAGACCUCUGUCCAAGUUUGGCAAUGCUUUUUUAAAUCGUCUUCAAUGUUCUUUGGUGAACUCUCCAGUUCUAGAAAAUAUUUCGAUUAUAGACACUCCUGGAAUAUUAUCUGGUGAGAAACAACGAGUAGAUAGAGGCUAUGACUUCACUGGGGUGCUAGAGUGGUUUGCUGAAAGAGUAGAUAGGAUAAUCCUACUUUUUGAUGCCCACAAACUGGACAUUUCUGAUGAAUUCAGAAGAUCUAUUGAGGCUCUAAGGGGCCAUGAUGACAAAAUUCGCAUUGUUUUGAACAAAGCUGAUAUGGUUGACCAUCAACAACUUAUGCGAGUAUAUGGUGCUCUUAUGUGGUCUCUAGGGAAGGUUCUACAAACUCCUGAAGUUGCUAGAGUUUACAUAGGCUCUUUUUGGGACCAACCUUUAAGAUAUGAUGUUAAUAGAAGACUUUUUGAAGAUGAAGAACAAGAUUUAUUCAAAGAUCUUCAAUCAUUACCACGAAAUGCAGCACUUAGAAAGUUAAAUGAUUUAAUUAAAAGAGCUAGAUUGGCCAAAGUUCAUGCUUAUAUUAUUGCAGAGCUUAGAAAAGAAAUGCCAUCUAUAUUUGGGAAAGAUUCUAGAAAGAAGGAGUUAAUUAAAAAUUUGGGACAAAUAUAUGACAGACUUCAAAGAGAGCAUCAAAUUUCACCAGGAGAUUUCCCCGAGAUCAAAAAAAUGCAAGAUGUCCUUAUCAAUUUAGACUUCAGUAAAUUCAACCCACUCAAGCCAAAAUUACUAGAUAUUGUUGAUAGAAUGCUAUCUGAUGAUAUAUCCACAUUAAUGGCUAAAAUUCCAAUGGAAGCAGAAGAAAAGUCUCAGAAAAAUGGAGAUGGAGUUGUCCAGGGUGGAGCAUUUACCAAUGUUGAAGAUACUGUUUCACCAUUUGGUUACAAGAGAGGCGAAGGCAUUGAUGCUGGUGCAGGAGAGUUAGACUGGAUUGUAAGCAGAGAGAAACCUAAAUAUGAUGACAUUUUCAAUUCCUUGAAUCCUAAAGAUGGAAAAGUUACAGGAAUGGAAUAUUACGAACUCCAAAGCAGUGUCAUUAACUUAAACUCUGCUAAAACUGAAAUGGUUAAGUCGAAACUACCCAAUUCGGUACUAAGCAAAGUAUGGAAACUCGCAGAUGUAGAUAAGGAUGGUAUGUUGGACGAUGAGGAAUUUGCAUUAGCGAUGCACUUGAUAAAUAUUAAAAUCGACGGCAAUGAUUUGCCUCAAGAACUACCUGAGCAUUUGAUUCCACCCUCCAAGCGUUGAUAUGAUUUUGUUUCCCUUUGCACGAAUGUCCGCAAGUGCUAUUCAUUUUCAUAGAUUUGUGCCUGAUUCAAAGUAUAUAAAGAAAUGUACAAAUAUUGGUUUUUAUUGCAUUUUUGAGUCAACUGGCAAUUUAGAUAAGAUUCUAAAAAGUCCUUUUCACGAAAUCGUAUCGUUUUUUUAUUUCUACAAAGAUCAAGUUAUUGUGAAACACAUGCUGUAUAAUAAAUGUAAUGAUAGUUUUCAAAUGAUUAUAUUAUAAUUUUUUUACAUACAAUCUAUACAUUUUAUUGAAUUAGAAUUGAUACUUAAUAACAUUGUUCGCUACUUAUUUUGAAGAAGCUGGUAGAUAUAAAUUUGUAAAAAUUAUUAUUUUUUGCAAUAUUAUGUGAAAUGGACGAUUUAAUGUUAUUCCCAAUAUAUUUUUCGAUCAAAUAUACGUAUAUUUCGGUGCCUCAGGUUUUUCUAUAAUUAUUUUCUAAAUAACAUUUUUAGGUGAUAUUUUCUUUUUGGUAACAUUUUAGAUGGUUAAAUAUUCACACUACAAUGGAAUCCUAAUGUUAAAAAGCUUUUAAUAUAUUAUGCUGUGUCUAUUUUGAAAAACAUUCAUGAAUAUUGUCAAUAAUUAUUCCAAAUGAUCAAACUUUAAAAUAAAAACUUACUUGAGUUGAAUUAAAAUAAUGACAGAACUAGUUUUAUAAGAAUAACUUUGGUGAACUCAGUACACAUUUUUGUUUAACCAUUAUUGUGAUAAAUAUGAAACUAGGAAGAUUCUAAAAGACAACAAUAGUCAAACAUGAUAAUAGAAAUACUUUUCUAAAAUUUACAUUCAAAACAUCAAUAUUUUUGAAACGUUAAAAAAGGAUAUACCUACCUAUAAUAAGAACAGAUUUUUGUUACAUCUCGUAUAUAUGACAAAAUAUGAUGGUGCACUGUUAAUAUGUUAAGUAGUACAUUAAUUAUUAUAAUAGAUUUAUUUUUUUUUCUUGCUAUUAGGUUGUUUUCAUCAUGUUCUAUAGGGUGAGGGCACUUAAGUUGUCAUACCUGUAUAGUAAUGCUAGUAAUAAAAAAUUAAGUGGCCUAUACAAAUGGAGAAUGCUUUGUUUUUAGUACAUUCGGGUUUCUCAACCUAAAUACCACACCAUGUAGGUCCGAUUUAUAAGCAGAAUACUGCUGCAUCAACUUUAAAAAGUUCUAGCUCCUUUAUGAAGCAUGUUCUUAUUGUAAUUGGACUCUCCAGUGGUGCGUUUUUUAUUUAUUAAAGAAUUUUUUGAAACAACUUAUUUUAGUUUAAUAAAUAUGUUUAUUUAGAUGUUAUAUUAAAGAGCUUGGUGUUCUCGCAAAAAAAUAAUUUUCUGUAACCAUGCGGAAUUGUUUUUAAUUUCCUAUUUUUUUUAUACAUAAUUAAAAGGGUCUACAAGAAUAAUUAAAAAUGUGAUAUGAAAACAUAUUUACCACGUACAGGGUGUAGUAGGAGACUUUUAUUUUAUUUUUUUGUAUUCUGCAUGGUUACCUAUAUUUUCUAUAUAUUUCUUAAACUGCACUGUAAGAUUAUUAUUAGUAAAAUAUACAGAACAUCUGCUACCAGUAUAGUAUGAGUUUAGGAUAUUUGGGAUAGUUUCUAUACUAAACAUAUACAGGGUGUUUCUAAUUAUCACCGACAGUCCAGUUUAAAAUAUAGUGUAUAAUCUCAAGAGCACUUUUAGCGAAAGUUAUUUGCUUUUCUGAUCCAAUGGGAGAUUUAUGUAACUUUGUUUUACAUUUCUACACUACAAAGAAAGUAUAAAGUAUUAAACAAUUGAUUAUUCUAGUUUUCAGUUUUAUAAGAAUCUAGUAUAAAACCACCCUGUAUUUAAUAAAUCCUAGUCUAAAAUAAUUAAACAUCACACAAUAUAUAGAUUGGAAUAUUUUAUACUUAUAUAAUAUACAAAAAGAAGUGACAAUGAAUUCUAAAUUAAUGUAAAAAAUUAUUCCUUUUAAAUUUAGCACAAUAAAUAAAUUAAUUUAUAUAUAAUUUCAAAUAUUUCAAUUUUGUGAUCAAUUUGGCUAACCGAUGUAUUUUCCUAUACCAAAAACUCACUUUUGCAAUAUUAGAGUUAGAGCUUAUUUUAAAUUAUUGGUCCACAUAAAUCUGUUUUUUUUUUCUACACCAAAAUAUCUUGAAAAUCUUUUAACAACAAUCAAUUUAAACAACUGAAUGAACCCAUCAACUUUUUUUUUCAGUAAUUUUGUAUUAAAAAAUAUUCUAUAUAAAAAUAAAUAUCCAAUGAUUACCAAAGAAUCAAUCCAAAUAUCUUUAAAACGAGAUUUUUGUUAUAUUUUGGUCCUGGUAAAAAACUAGAUAUAGAAAUAAUUUAUAAAUUGGUCCAGCAAAUACGAACAAUGUGAUAAAAUUUUCGUACUAUGUAUAUUUGUAUUAUAACAAUGUAGAUAAGGUAUAACUUUCUUAUUUGAUUUUAUUGUUUGUUUGGGUUUAAACGCCCUUCAACUGCCGAAUAAAUUUAAAUUAUUAAAAAAGUUUAAUAUAUUUUUGUAUAUAAUUUCACCCUGACUGUUCUAGUUCUUAAGCACUUGUAGGAAAUAGAAUUUGUUAACAUCUUUUUUCAUAUCAUAUAUAACAAUUGUUUUUUUUUUUCAUUUCAUUCUAUAGUUUGUGAAUUAUCAAAUAAAAUUUAUAUGUUCUAUUA